AUGGAGGUUUCAGGUAAGAGAAGAUCAAAAUGUUCAAAUAAAUCACCGACUGACUUUGUAUUUAGAUGUCAUCCGUGUGAAAGGGAAGGAGAGAAAAAAGAAGCUAAAGGAUUCUGUCAAACAUGUACAGAGUAUUUAUGUGUAGACUGUUACAAAUGCCACUGUAAACCUACUCCGACAAAAAACCAUAUUCUUCUAGACAAGGAUAGCAUGCCAAGAGAUACGAAAUUGGUCUCGGCAAAACAUAACUGUACGGAAGUAUGUUUAGAACAUGGAUCACAAUUAGUCCAUUUCUUCUGUAGAGAACAUGAUGCUGUUGGUUGCACAACCUGUAUGACUCUAGGUCAUAAUUCGUGUGAUAUCGAUUUCAUUCCCGACAUUUCUGCAGAUUUUAAGGAAAGUAUGGAAUAUUAUGAAUUGGUGAACAAGGUUAAACGCCUUAAAAAUGAUGUUCAUUUUGCAAGGAAAAAAGUUGAAGAAGAUGUCAAAAUUGUGGAAGACAUACAUAUGAAAGCGGUAGAUGAUAUACGUUCAUUUCGAAAUGAAAUUAAUACAUACUUGGACAAUAUUGUAAAAAAGCUACUAGUAAAAUGUGAAAAUCUGAAGCAACGUAAUGACACGAUUUUAAGGACAACUUUGAGAGACAUGCGUGAUAUGAAACGGAACCUUAAAGAUAUGUAUGUGCAGAUAACUAAACAGACGAGGGAUUUGGGUGAUUUGUUUGUUCGUGCUAAACAAAAUAGUCAUGUCUUGCAAGACAUUGAACAAAAAAUAACGGAAAGUGUGACGAAUGACCUUCAAAUGUUUACCUUUGAGAGAAACAGCCAAGUUCGUUUUAACUUUGAGGAUAAAGAAAGCUCUUUUGGCAAGUUGAAAGCAGUGGAUGCACGGACUAAAAAGGCGAUACGUAAAAAGACUUUCCCUGACCAUUUCACACCAGAGUGCGUCAAAACUGUCAGUGUUAGAUCAACAACAGACAAUAAAUAUUGUCGAAUCACUGGAAUUGUUGUGAUAGGAACUGAUACGGUAGUAUGUUGUGACUUUAAUAACAAUUUAUUGAAGUUGAAAAAUAUCAAAGCUGAUAAAGUUACAUCAGUGUUGAAACUCAGCGCUGACCCUUGUGAUGUAACGUGUCUUUCAUGCUAUCGACUUGCAAUAACUACUGGGGAUAAACAGAAGAUUUAUAUGGUCUCUUAUGCAAAUGGAUGCUUGUCGAAGCAAACAAGUUUCGCUGUAAGCGGAGAAUGUGCUGGAAUAACUGCGUUCGACAAGGAAAAGCUUGCUGUGUCAUUUAUUGAUCCUCCAAAAGUGGAAAUACUGAGUACGGAUGGGAAAGUUCUAGAGCGUUUUGCAAAAGAUAGGCAUGGAAAGGAAUUAUUUCUUUGUCCACGGUAUAUAGCCACUGAUUGUGAAAAUGAAUGUUUUUACAUUUCUGAUACUCUGAAGCACACGGUAGUAAAGAUUUCUAAAUUUGGACAAGUACUUUCUGAAUACAGAGAUGACAAUCUUGUAAAUCCAAAAGGAAUAGAAGUUUGUGACGAUGGAUCAGUUGUAGUUUGUAACUUUGGAAAUGACAAUUUACAUCUGAUUUCACCAAACUGCGAGAAAAUAAGGAUACUACUACAUGGAACGAAGAAACCACGUGUGGUGUGUGUAAAAAUUGAAAACGAGGGGCCAAUUCUUUAUCUUAGUUCCGAAAGCGGAAACGAAGAUGUUUUACUCAAAUACAAAUUUGAUUAA